CUGAUUUUAUAGAUAGCUGAAGUAUUGAUAACACCAAGGAAAUCUGUCACAAUUUGAAAAUAUAAGCAAAAUUUGAUUUCCAGACACUACAGAAAAAGAAGUAAAAAUGCGUCCAUUGCGAAUUUUUGUGAAUGAUGAUCGCCACGUGAUGGCAAAGCAUUCUUCUGUUUAUCCAACCCAAGAGGAACUGGAGGCAGUCCAGAACAUGGUGUCCCACACAGAACGGGCUCUCAAAGCUGUGUCUGAUUGGAUUGAUGAGCAGGAGAAAGGCAGCAGUGAACAGGCCGAGUCCGAGAACUUGGACGUGCCCCAAGAGGAUGAGAGCAAAGAAGGGGCCGGGGAGCAAAAGACGGAGCAUAUGACCAGAACCCUGCGGGGUGUAAUGCGUGUUGGCCUUGUGGCAAAGGGCCUCCUGCUCAAGGGGGACUUGGACCUGGAGCUGGUGCUGCUAUGCAAGGAGAAACCCACAACUGCCCUUCUGGACAAGGUGGCUGACAACCUGGCCAUCCAGCUCGCUGCUGUUACAGAAGAUAAGUACGAAAUACUCCAAUCUGUCGAUGAUGCUGCGAUAGUGAUAAAAAAUACAAAAGAGCCUCCAUUGUCCCUGACUAUCCACCUGACAUCCCCCGUUGUCAGAGAAGAAAUGGAGAAAGUAUUAGCUGGAGAAACGCUAUCAGUCAACGACCCCCCGGACGUCCUGGACAGGCAGAAAUGCCUUGCUGCCUUGGCGUCCCUCCGACACGCCAAGUGGUUCCAGGCCAGAGCCAAUGGGCUGAAGUCUUGUGUUAUUGUCAUCCGGGUCCUGAGGGACCUGUGCACCCGAGUGCCCACCUGGGGUCCUCUAAGAGGAUGGCCCCUUGAGCUUCUCUGUGAAAAGUCCAUCGGCACAGCCAACAGACCCAUGGGUGCUGGCGAGGCCCUGCGGAGAGUGCUGGAGUGCCUGGCGUCAGGCAUCGUGAUGCCAGAUGGUUCUGGCAUUUAUGACCCUUGUGAAAAAGAAGCCACUGAUGCUAUUGGGCAUCUAGACAGACAGCAACGGGAAGAUAUCACACAGAGUGCGCAGCAUGCUCUGCGACUUGCUGCAUUUGGACAGCUGCAUAAAGUCCUGGGUAUGGACCCUCUGCCUUCUAAGAUGCCCAAGAAACCAAAGAAUGAAAACCCAGUGGACUACACGGUUCAAAUCCCCCCCAGUACCACCUACGCCAUUACGCCAAUGAAACGCCCAAUGGAGGAGGAUGGAGAGGAAAAGUCUCCCAGCAAAAAGAAGAAGAAGAUUCAGAAGAAAGAGGAGAAGGCAGAGCCUCCCCAGGCUAUGAAUGCCCUGAUGAGGCUGAACCAGCUGAAGCCCGGGCUGCAGUAUAAACUGGUUUCCCAGGCGGGGCCGGUCCAUGCCCCCAUCUUCACCAUGUCUGUGGAAGUCGAUGGCAGCUCAUUCGAGGCCUCCGGACCAUCCAAAAAGACUGCCAAGCUGCAUGUGGCUGUUAAGGUGUUACAGGACAUGGGCUUGCCUACUGGUGCUGAAGGCAGAGACUCCAGUAAGGGGGAGGACUCAGCUGAGGAAACUGAGGCCAAGCCAGCUGUCAUGGCCCCUCCACCUGUAGUAGAAGCCGCUUCCACCCCCACUGCUGCCUUUACUGCGGAUCCCACUACCGAGCAGGGGCCGAUUCUGACCAAACAUGGCAAGAACCCCGUCAUGGAACUUAAUGAGAAGAGGCGUGGCCUCAAGUAUGAGCUCAUCUCAGAGACUGGCGGCAGCCAUGACAAGCGCUUUGUGAUGGAGGUUGAGGUAGAUGGACAGAAGUUUCAAGGUGCUGGCUCAAAUAAAAAGGUGGCAAAAGCACAUGCUGCCCUUGCUGCGCUAGAAAAGCUAUUCCCUGAUGCCCCUCUCUCCCUGGAAGCCAAUAAGAAGAAGAGAGCACCUGUGCCUGUCAGAGGUGGACUGAAAUUUGCUGCUAAGCCACAUAACCCUGGUUUUGGCAUGGGAGGCCCCAUGCACAACGAAGUGCCCCCACCCCCAAACCUUCGAGGGCGGGGAAGAGGAGGGAGCAUCCGUGGUCGGGGUAGAGGAAGAGGAUUUGGUGGCGCCAACCAUGGAAACUACAUGAAUGCUGGCGCUGGGUAUGGCAGCUAUGGGUAUGGAGGCAACUCAGCAACAGCUGGCUACAGUCAGUUCUACAGCAAUGGAGGGCAUUCUGGGAAUGCUGGCAGUGGCGGCGGCGGGGGCGGUGGUGGCUCCUCCGGCUACGGCUCCUACUACCAAGGUGACAACUACAGCUCCCCAGUGCCCCCGAAACAUGCCGGGAAGAAACAGCCACACGGGGGCCAGCAGAAACCCUCCUACGGCUCAGGCUACCAGCCCCACCCAGGCCAGCAGCAGUCCUACAACCAGAGCCAGUACAGCAACUAUGGCCCCCCGCAGGGCAAGCAGAAAGGCUAUAGUCACGGCCAAGGCAACUACUACUCCAACUCCUACAGCUCCCCCGGGGGCGGGGGCGGCUCCGACUACAGCUACGAGAGCAAAUUCAACUACAGUGGUAGCGGAGGCCGAAGCGGCGGGAACAGCUACGGCUCAGGCGGGUCGUCGUACAACCCAGGGUCACAUGGGGGCUACGGAGGAGGUUCUGGGGGCGGCUCCUCGUACCAAGGCAAACAAGGAGGCUACUCAUCACAAUCGAACUACAACUCCCCGGGGUCCAGCCAGAAUUACUGCGGCCCUCCCAGCUCUUACCAGUCAUCACAGGGAGGCUACGGCAGGAACGCAGACCACAGCAUGAACUACCAGUACAGAUAAAGCCCUGAGGGUGAAGAUUUGUACCUUCUGCACUUACCCCUCCUCGUUGUAAGAUUCAGUUUUAUGCAUCACAGUUAACAUGUCUGCGGCCCCUCUGGGUCCUCUUGCCCUACCCUGUCCACGUUGCUGUGUUGUGAGGUGCAGCUGGUCACUUUGUGACCCGUUCUGUGACCCAUAUUUAGCCGUGUUUGGGACUCCACAUCUUCAGUGGUUUGUUAGUUGCCAUUACAACUUUGUCAGAGUAGAGUUUUCUGAGUUCUUACAGUUCAGUAUCCCUCUGUCUAUUUACAAUUGGUGUUAGUGUUAACUCAGUUUGUCUUGAAAUAGUUACAGAAGGGAUACCUCAUCUGUUAAUGCUUUUGUGAAGUGAGUUAAACGAGCUUUCUGUAUUUUAAUGCUUUAGUGUUUCAGUUUUAUAAGUGAAGAUUUUAUUUUAAAAAACAGUGGGAUAGAGUGGGGGUUUUGUAUGUCUGGAUCAUUCAGGCAGUACAUUUGAAUUCAACUGAAUGUAGACAAAUAAAAAAAGAAAAAAAAACUGCGCUGUUGUAGGCCUGGGUGUCUGACCCUCCAUGAGUGCAGUGGACAGGUUUAGGUUCCUCCGCUCUGUUUCCAGCACUGGAAAGUGGAGUGCAUGUGGCAGGAUGGUCCCUGUUCACCAAAGAGGGUAUAGUGGCUACCUCCAGGCUUAUGACAUCUUGACUGAGUUGGUCAGGGCCAGCAACCAGUUAGCUAGAAUCUUGUAGCCCCUAUGUCCCAGCGAACUCCACAGCCACGAGUGUCUGCAUAGCAGCCUAGCGGCCCAUGCUCCCACAAUUGAGCAUGCUUUGUUUUAUGCUCCAUGAAUUCUGGAUGUAGUGUAAGUGCAAUUUGAAGUCACCAUGGAUUAAGUUUGGUACAUAGAACCUAAUUUGAAAAAGCCUGGUUGAAAUUUGACUGAGGCACCCCCAGAUGGAACCAUCUAUUUGGGGUGGCGUUCUGUGGCACCCCUACUGAGAAUUUCACAGCGCACACAGGUGGGCUUUUCAGUGGGUUUCUCUGGAGUACUGUUCUCAAUCGCAGGCAGUUUUGUAGUGCUUGGGAGACAUUGUCACAUAGUGGUUAGAAGCCAAUGCUGCAGAACAUUCUACACUUAGACAUCAGUGUGGAGGUGGAGGAAACCUCCCCUGAGCAGCCCUUCUCAACUCGGGGUGGCUUGUCUGGGAAGAGCCCUGUGGGCAGACAGGGCCUGACUGCCCUCUGCAGGGACUCCUGUCGACUUGCUGCCUCUUCACCCUCUCAGACUCUGGCACUGUUCACGGCCUAAGCUCUUUGUCCUCCCGUGCUUGUUAACCAUGGCUACUGGGAGAAGUGCAACCCAUUCUUGAUGCAGGAUUACUCAGCCGGGGCAGAAACUCCAGUGUGCCUUCAAAGGAUGAAGACUUGCUUUCUUGGAGAGGUGAUAAAAGGUAUUCUGCAUUAAAAAAGAAAACAUUGGGAAAUGUUUGCCCUCUGCUGCAGCAGAGGAGGUCCUAGAUACCAAGAGGUCCAGGUCGGGGAGAGGGGCCCUGUGAAGUCCAUCAAGAGGUGGCCAACUGUGAAUAUUUUGGUCAGCCUGAAAUGCCUAAAGUAUGUGUACGAGUGGAGAGAGGAGACAGGCUUGAGGGUGGAUACCCACCCCAGCUCCUCUCCCAGACGUGUGCAGGGGCUGGGAUAAAGACCCAUGUGACAUCUUUGGGACCUUGUGUUUGUGAUGACAGGAUACAGGCUUUGGACAGAGUCUACAUCACUCAGAAAUCCAAAGGGAGGAGCCCCUUGGCCCCAACUGCCAAAUGCCUUCAAACUCCGGACCUUUCUUGUCAACACAGGUCUCCUCACAUUGGUCUCCCAAACAGAGACCACUACCAUAUUCCAAUGUAUGAAUAUGAGUCUGUGUCUCAAAUCUUCCUCUUUCUUAGACACAAAUCAUUGGAAUUAGUGCCCACUCUAGUCCAGGAUGAUACUAUUUCAAGAUCCUUGUAUCUACAGAGACCCUGUACCUACAGUCAGUCACAUUCACAGGCGUCAGUGGUUAGGAUUGGACAUAUCUUUUGGGAGACACUUUGCAGCCCACAAUAGGGUUGGGUGAAGGUCUCACCCACUGGGCUGCUGGCACAACCCUGGGAGCUUCAGCUACAGCCAGGAUCACCAUGGUCAGGUCUGGACAACACUGAGCCAGCAGCAGCAUUGCAACACAGUGGGUAUCUGUCCUGAGGGGACAGCUCAUGAGUCCAGAUCCCUUGGCACCUUAAUGCGACUUGGGGACCUCAUUGGUGCUGAUAGCCCAGUGAUGCCUGAGGCCAACUGCAAUAUCCCAGCCCUCAGGACCUGCUACUCCAGGAGGCUGGGCUCAGGAAGAUGUGAACCCAACUUAAGCAUGAAGGCCUUGCUGGGACAUCACCCACUCAAAGCUGACCAAGGCCUUCCCAGGCCUGUUGCCCUCCAAGCCCAGGAAGCCAGCCUAGAGAAGGCCCUCACUGAGCUGCUGCUCCAACUCAUCAGUCAGGGCCAUAGUGGGCAACAGACUUGGCCUAUGGGUGAGAUGCUUUGACCCAUAUAUUGCUGGAGGACAGUGUCAUGCAUCUUUCAGUCACCAGCAAAGAUCACCAGGAACAUAAGCAGGAAGGACCAGCAACCCACAUGCUUAUUCAGCGAGUUGAUCAGACAGGGUGCUUGGUGAAUAGACUGGGGGGGCGGGGGUGUCAGUGCUCUGGGACUGGACAAAACACUCCAGAGGGCUCAGGAAAGGAGACCAAACCACUGGUGGGACAGAUGGACACGGGUAUGGUGGGCCAACGUGUUUUAAGGGAGGUGGGGGGGGAGGGGCUUUCCAAAAUUUUGGAUUGAUGGCAUGGGGGUUGGUGGGGAUUGGUGACUUGGGACCAAAGGGGACCUCUGAGUAGUAAUAGGAUACAGAUCCAGGAUUCCUCCUCUCUAGAUUGGCAGUCACUGGGCCUCAUGUCCCUCUGGGCUAGGUUCCAGUCUGACCUGAAAGUUACCACCUAGCUGCCCAACUACCCUGGCAGAGCAUUUGGCUCCCUUGGCCCGUUGACCAUUCUUGUGUGGUCAGGAGGGACUGCUCUGGCCCUGAGGCCUGGCCCUGUACAGCUGGGCUGUCUGCUGAGAUUCAGUCUCCUGAUGUGAGCCCCAUGCUGGCUGUGUGCUCUUUGCUGCAAGCCUUUUUGGCCCAGAUGCUUAUUUUAACCCAUUCCGGAAUAAAUGGAAACUUACUGUGUU